AUGCAAGAAGAAUUCUCUUGGUUACGCAAGAAAUUUGACCUGAUGAAAGAAAGCAUGCAUAAAAAACUCGACGGAAUCAAGAACAUAGUCAAGAAAGAACAACAAAUACGUCAACAACAUGAAAAAACAGUCAAAAACUCGGCCGCUCACAUUCGCAACGCUGGCACGGAUACUACGGAUCGGGAUCAUGUGUUGAAUGAAACGAACACGACUGAAGUUGCCACGACAUCUUUGGCCAGAACUAUGAAAAUAACCAAACAACAAAAUAAAACUGCCAAGAAGAAAAAACAGAAGAUAUUGCAACAGCGCCAAAAAACAAAAACACCACAACCAAUAUGUCAGAAUUUGACUGACACUGAAAACGACGCCUCGGCUGUUGUGGAACAAAAACAAAUUGACCAAACUGAAAAAUCAACAAUAAAUGGAGAAUGA